AUGCAGAACGACCAGAACGAACUUGUGGACCUCUACGUCCCAAGAAAAUGGUAGGAUUAAACUGUACCUGUUUAUUCUGUUUUUAGCUCAUCAAGCUCUCGCAUUAUCUCUGCCAAAGACCACGGAUCCAUCCAAAUUGAUUUCGUCGAUGUUGACCCCCAAACCGGCCGUCUGAUCCCCGGAAAGACCACCAGAUACGCUAUCUGCGGGGCUCUCCGUGCCAUGGUAGGUAUUGCAGAUGCAGAUAUUGAAGCAUGUGUUUUAUUAAUUUUGUUUAUAUUUUAGGGAGAAUCCGACGACUGUAUCCUUCGUCUGGCCCAACGUGAUGGUUUGAUCCCCCAGAACAUCUAA